AUGGAGCUGAUGACCAGACCUCAACUUGCUGCGCCUGUGCAGGGCCGCACUUGGAAGAAGCUGGUCCGCCUGGGCUCCAGCCCGGGAAGCCCGGUAGUGGUUUGGGGCAGCUACGGCAGCGCAAAUCAGACAGAGGCCGCGGCUGCCACUGCGGCCGUGGUGAAGUGCCGCCUCAGUGUCUCUCAGGUGAAGCUUCGAAGAAGGCGCAGCAGGCGCGCGCUGCGCGCGCUGCGCGCUACGGAGGAAGCAGCCGCAGGUGAAAACCGUUACAAGAGCUUGGAGGUGUUUCUGGAGGCUCAGCGAGAGUCUCGCCCUCUUACAGAUCCCCUUGGUGGCCCAUUGACACCGUACAACGACAGCCCUGCAGAUUGGAUGUUGAUUGCCAUCUUCCGUCAGGUCAUGUCGGGAGUGGCCAAGUGGCAGUCUCCGUUAGCGUUCUGGGGUCCAGAGGCCUAUGAUGGAAUGCUGGAGGUUGCUCAUGCCCAGCAGUGGGGAAGAACUUUGCAGCAGACAGAGGACUCAGCGAUGUCGGUGAUUGACAACUUGUUACCGGAAGAGGGCAAGGCAUCGGCUCUACUUGGGGGGUGUGGUUGGGUGGUAGUGGUGUCAGUGGUGUUUUAUUUUUGGUGUGUAUAUAUAUAUAUAAAAAUCAAUGGAUUUAUAUUAUAUAUAUAUGGUAAUAUAUGCUUAAUAAUGGGAUAUAGAUGGGAUUCACCCUGGAUUGUAGAUACAAUCCUCAUAAAAUGCGACAAAUCUGUGGCUGUCCUAACCAAGACAGUGCUACAUAGUGUGACAUAG